CGGCAUAUCCACUGAAUCCGUUUCACGAGAUUGACCAAGCUUCAAAUACCAAAACAAGAGAAAAAAGGCGAGAUGUCAGAACAAGAGCCAGAAAUGGACAACCAACACUAUCGUUUAUUUGCCUACCAGCCCUCGUUACUCCUAGAGAUUUUCUUCGCGGUAGCUUUUUUUUGCACGAUGAUGUUACACACGGUCCAAAUGAUUCAAAGUCGGUCUUGGUUUUUCUUACCGUUUGUGCUUGGAGGUUAUUUUGAAUGCAUCGGUUUCGUGGCAAGGGCUCUCUUAAUCAAUCUUACCUACAGCUGGCAACUUGGUCUUCAUAUCACCGAGACUCUCCUUCUAUUAUUGGCUCCAACAUUAUUUGCCGGAUCGAUAUACAUGACGCUCACUCGAAUCAUCCGAUUAACCAACGGCCAAAAACACUCUGUGCUACCCGUCAAGUGGCUCACCAAGAUCUUCGUGGCCGGAGAUCUCAUCUCAUUCUUCUUACAAGCGGCUGGCGGAGGUUUGGACGCUGGUGCAAAGACAUCAGAAGAAGAAGAAUGGGGUCGAAGGUUGAUCAUCUCUGGACUGAUAAUCCAGUUGGUCACAUUUUGCUUGUUCAUCAUCCAUGCGAGCAUAUUUUAUAUUCGAAUGAAACGGGCACCGACGAUCAGUUCCGAGACGUUGAACACGACAUGGAAGCGACAUCUGAUCCUCCUAGUUGGCUCUAGUGCUCUGAUUAUAAUCCGAUCGAGCUUUCGAUUGGCUGAAUACAUUAUCGGCAGUCAUGGUCCAUUAAUGAAAAAGGAAAUCUUCACCAUCCUCUUGGAUUCAGUUUUAAUGUUCUUAUGCAUGCUUCUAUUCAACUUGUUCCAUCCUUCUCAAGCCCUUAAUGAAUCCUCUGAUUAUCCAUCAGAAAUCCCUAUCCUUGAAACUGGUGAAAAAGGUCUUCAUUCCUCAAGAAGCUCAUUAGAUCAUAACGUUUGAUUUUUGUUUCAAGAUUCUUGUGUGCAGCUUAGGAUAGAAGUUUAAUUUAGUGCUAGAAUGUAGACAUUAUUAUUUCUUUUUU